AAAAUAAUGAAAUAGUAAAAAAAAAUAAUAAAAAAUAUACCAAAACAUUAAUUGUGUAGAGAUAUUUUUUAAGGAACUGGUUAAGCAUUGGAAUUCAUACAAUGAAACUGGAGGUAUAUCAAGCUUUAACAAAGCUCCUUUGGAAUGAUGAAACUAAUUAUAACUUCAAUUUGGACUCUUUUAUUCAUCUUAGCAGUUAGAGAACCAUCUUUGGUGAUGCCAAAUCUGGAGAUACGAGAAUUGUUUGUCCUUUAUGAAUCCCAGAAAACGAUAGCGUUCACCUUUCUGGUCAAUGGCACAGUUACCGCCUUUUUCAUCUUAAGCUCGCUGGGUGAAGUCCACUAUAUCGACUGUUCCUUAGUCUGUGGUGUGUACUAUUGGAUUCAUGUUUCAACGAUGGUCACGAAACGAUGCAAAAACCCAUAAGAUUUCGUUCAGCGUCAGAUCUCUGUGAAUGGAUCUUAUGUUUGUACCGCCGGUGUUCUCCAGCCCAAUAUUUCAUACAGAAGUCUUUUGAGAUGUCUCUACUGUCUUAACUAUCAUAAGCACGCUCAAUCGAUGAUCAUCCAAUAUGUGACCGUGGACUUUUGUCACGCUAUCCUCCGAGAUAGCCGUUUUCCGGCGCGUUCACUUGUUCCAGGAUUCUAAAAAACUGACGUGCGACCGCGUUGAAAUUCCUUAAACAAAUUUUUACGGUCCAUUUCGAAGAAGACCUAGUAAUUACAGUAUCCGAGUGUUUUUUGAAGUGAGUUCGCGAGUUCUUUUUCCAAAGAAAAUAUCGAAUCUAUUGUAACUUAAUUCUCCAAAACCUACGUUUUCUUUAUUUUUUAAAUUUCUUUAUAUUACAAGUCAAAUGUCAACUUUCAAAAUAUAUAAAUUAUUCAGGAAAAAACAAAUAAAAAUCCUUACGAAAUUUAUAAAAAAAUAGUUCCACAUAAACCAAAUUCCGACUCAAAGCAUUUGAUCUAAACGCUGGUUUUGGAAAACAAAUGACUCACUUUGGCGUUCGUCAUCUGCAAAUGCUCUUGCUCUUCGGCACAAUGUGUGUUGUGUAUGCGCUGCGCGUCAACCUCUCUGUGGCGAUCGUGGUGAUGACAGAUAAGUCGUCAAAUCCGGAUUUCGAAGAAUAUGACUGGAACGAGCACAUUAAGGGUCUGCUACUGAGUUCCUUCUUCAUUGGUUAUGUCACCUCACAAGUACCUUCGGGCUAUUUAUCGCGCAGAUGCGGCGGCAAAAUAUUGCUACUCAUUAGCCUCGUCAGUUGCUCAUUGUUGGCCAUAUUGACGCCAUUGUGUGCUGCUGUUGGCAGCUGGCAGCUGGUGCUUGCCUCACGCAUAAUCCAGGGCGUAUUUCAGGGCACCAUAUUUCCCUCAACUCAUACGAUACUCUCGCAGUGGUCGCCAGUGGAGGAGCGCGGUCUAAUGAGUUCAUGCACAUAUUCAGGCUGUCAAUUUGGCACAUUCGUUAUGUUGGGCAGUAGUGGUGUGAUUGCGGCCUCACGUUUCGGUUGGCCUGGUAUUUUCUACAUAUCCGGCAGUGUGGGUUUACUCUGGGCCGCUAUAUUCAAGUGUUUCGGUUGCAGUUCACCGAAAGAGUGUCACCGGCUAUCGGAGCGUGAACGCGAACUCAUCACUUCGCACUGGGGCACAUCGGAGCUGGAGUUUCGUCGCAGAUCAAUGCAUCCACCAUGGUGGGCUUUCUUCAAAUCGUGUCCAUUUUGGGCACUCAUGACCGUACACUGUACCAAUAAUUGGGGUCUCUGGACUUUGCUCACCUACAUGCCAGUUUAUGUAAAAAAUAUCUUAAAUAUGGAUAUUAAGAAUAAUGCACUCUCAUCCGCACUGCCAUAUUUUUCAAUGUGGGUUCUGAGUUUUGUGUUUACCGCGUUGUCAAUGUGGUUCAAGAAACGUCAGUGGGUAUCUUUAAAUACCAAUAGAAAACUGUUCAACACAAUCGGUCAUGGUACACCGGCAAUAACGCUCAUUGCUCUCGGCUAUGUGGAUGCAGAUCAUGUGAUCGCUGCUGUGGCUCUACUCACAAUCACAGUUGGAGUUAGCUCGGCUUCGUAUUUGGGCUAUCAAAUCAAUCAUAUUGAUCUAUCACCCAACUUUGCUGGCGUUCUGAUGGGCAUUUCGAAUUGUUUAGCCAAUAUAACGGGCAUUAUCGCGCCGCUAACCGUGGCAUUGAUAGUCACUAAUGAGAAAUCCGUUGAGCAAUGGCGUAUAGUCUUCUUUUUGGCUUCAUUCCUCUACAUACUGGGCAAUACGGUGUUUCUAAUUUUCGGUAACUGUGACGUACAAUCAUGGAAUGAUCCCGUCGACUAGCUGCAGAUCGCUUUAUUCCACAUUAAUGUGCAUUUGUCGCAUACGUCUGUGGGAUUCAUAAACUACUCUUAUAAAUUAAGCAUUUAAAUUAGGUGAAAAUAAUCAAAUAUGUAUGUAUGUAUAAAUUAAUGUAAAUUUGUUUUUGUUGAAUAAAUACCAGUGUAUAAAUUAUGUUGACUUAAAACGGGAAUUGCUUUUACAAAUUUGCACU